CUCAUCUGCGCAUGUGCAGAAUUCCUGGCUCAAGAAAGCGGUCCGCGGCGAAGAAGGUUUAAGAUGUCGUACCGAGAUCUUCGAAACUUUACUGAGAUGAUGCGGGCCUUGGGGUACCCCCGCCUCAUCUCCAUGGAGAACUUCCGCACUCCAAACUUUCCUCUUGUGGCAGAGGUGCUCAUAUGGCUCGUCAAAAGGUAUGAGCCCAAUGCAGACCUUCCCAUGGAUGUGGACACAGAACAGGACAGAGUCAUCUUUAUCAAGUCUGUCGCACAGUUUAUGGCUACCAAAGCACACAUUAAGCUGAACACUAAGAAGCUGUACCAGGCUGAUGGCUAUGCUGUGAAGGAGCUGCUGAAGGUGACAGCCAUGCUGUACAACGCCAUGAAGACUAACACAGGACAGCAGGAGGAGGAACAGGAAGAGGAGACAACAGCAAUGUCUUUCGACAUCAGCUCCAGGAUAGCGGACCUGAAGGCCUCUCGACAGCUUGCAUCAGAAAUUACAACAAAAGGAGCAUCACUGUAUGACCUCCUGGGGAGAGAGGUAGAGCUUAGGGAGCAAAGGUCUGUGGCCAUCAACAAACCUCUGGAGAUCAAUGAGAUAGAGAAGCACCUGAAGGUGAGCAUCCGUGCCGUGGAACAGGAGAUCAAGAAAACAGAACACAUGCUGAACAACGUGGCGUCAGACGAGGCAAACCUGGACGCCAAGAUCUCCAAAAAGAAACUUGAACUGGAGAGGAACAGGAAGAGACUACAGACGUUGCAGUCGGUCAGGCCAGCAUUUAUGGACGAGUAUGAAAGACUGGAAGAAGACUUGCAAAAACAAUAUGAGUCGUAUCUUCAGAAGUUCCGUAACCUUGGUUACCUGGAGCAGCAGCUGGAGGAGCACAACCGUGCCGAGCAGGACAAGUUUGAGGAGACAGAGAACUCCCUGAAGAGGAUGCAGACCCUGCUGAAGACGGAGACAGACAAGAUAAACUUGAACGAUGAUGAGUUUGAGGAUGUGAUGGUGGAUGAGGAGGAGGAUGAUGAUGAGGAUGACAGUGAGGAUGAUGAGAUCAUGACGGCCGGACAGAUGAAACCACAGAGAGGCGGGAAACCUGAUAAACAACAGCAGCUCCAACCACAACAACGAGUGUUUGGCAGCAUGACUGGACCUGACAGUGAUGAUGAUGACAGUGAGACGCUGUCCUCGGGUGACAGUGAGAUCGAUGUUGAUGAUGAUGAUCUGGAAGACGACCAGAGCGGAGACAGCGAGGAUUUGGAGAUCUCGGCCAAUCCCAGGCGAGAUCGUAACAACCUGAACGACAGUGACAAUGACUUCUAAUGGUCCAUGAGAACUUGGAUGUAUUAUAUCUAUCCAGAGAUAACAUGAUAAAGUUAAGACAAUGGACCACAUGUGAACUUGUCUUUGCAUUUCAGCAUACUGUGGUUCCUUUUAUUUCAAAAUUGCUGCCUGUAGAAUAACCUUGUACAUAGCCAUCUGUAACUUCAUCUGUAUAUUCAUACAUUCCGCUUCAAUUUCUACAGCAUGUAAUAUUAUAUAACUUCUCACUCACUGUUUACAGAACAUUCCACUCGAUUCACAGAGUGAUUUAGAGUCAAAUGUGAAGAAAAUCAGCAAUUGCUGUUAGCACCAUUUAUCCGUAGAACCUUUGGACAUAGGAUUGUCAUUUUGCUAUACAAUUCUGUAGUUCUUGUAUAAAUAGAGUUGCUAGAUAUCCACCCUGAAUGG